GUUAUUGCAGAAUUGAAGCCUGAAAAGAUUGCACCGCAUAAGGAUGCAUGGACGAAAUUCUUGGCCAACGACGAUGCGACAGGCAAACGAACAAUAUUCGAGUGUGAUUUCGAAGAUCGCAUACUUCAGACUGAACCUGAAACCCUGCCGGAACGCUUGUCUAGAGCCGAAAAAAGCGACGAUUUGGACUUAUCGCUUGCCUUUCCGGAGCCAAGCAAUCCGGUUAGCUGUUUCUUGGAUCUCUUUGAAGUUCUUUGUGAUUAUGACGUAGUGUUUGUUGAAAAUAUCUUGGCAACAGCUUGUGAUGCCGAGGUGCUCACCAUACUCACUUAUGCACCACAAGUGCAGUUUGUUACUGCAACCGUUAAAAAAGCUAAAGGCCUUCCCUAUAAUCACCAUCCAUUUGCGAGAGUGAUGCUGUUCGAAGGACGUCGUCUAUUGGAGCAGAAACAAACCACCAUUACACCGGCAACCGCCUGUAAUGGAUGCGUUUCAACGGGAUCGGCACGUCCCAAAGCGCCGUAUUCAAAUUCGUCAACCUCCUCAUCGUCUGUGAGUAGUGCGUCGAAUAAGAGUAAUGAUGCGAUUUUCUCGGAAUCCUUCCUCUUCCACGUAUCUCCUCGAAUGCUUGACAGAUGUCACAUUGUUAUCGAAUUUCAGAUGUACGAUACGAAUCCAGAGGAUUUACUGAAGGGGCCGUUUCCGGUGGGACAUUGUGUUGUUGGUCCGAUGUGUACGGGUACGGGUUGUGCCCAUUGGUAUCAAAUGGUUCGCAAAAAUAGUCUUCCGGUGUGCAUGUGGCAUCGAAUGACCAAAAACUAG